AUGGCGGUCAUAGAGUCUCACCCUUGGUAUAGAGCUAUAUGUGCUGAUGGCCAACCGAUAGGGUCGAUAUAUGUGAUGCCCGGAAGUAGUGGGAAAGACGAGAGAAGAGGAGAGAUAGGAUAUGCUGUGAAAGCAAACUAUUGGGGUAAGGGAAUAGCAACAGAAGCUGUGAAGUUGGCCUUAUCUUGUGUUUUUAAGGAGUUGAAGUUUUUGGAUAGAGUUGAAGGGUUGGUGUUUGAAGAGAACAAAGCUUCACAGAGGGUACUUGAGAAGGCUGGCUUUGUUAGAGAGGGUGUUUUUGAGAAAGUAUUUCUUUGUCAAGGGAAAGAGUAG